AUCACCAGCGCCUUGUUGGCCAACCUCAACCAGCAACGGGUGGAGGGGAAGCUCUGCGACAUCUCCAUCCACGUGCAGGGCCGGGUUUUCCGCGCCCACCGCGCCGUCUUGGCCGCUUCCUCGCCCUACUUCCACGACCAGGUCCUGCUGAAGAACAUGACCUCCAUCGUCCUGCCCAGCGUCAUGGACCCCGGCGCCUUCGAGACCGUCUUGGGGUCGGCCUACACCGGCCGCCUCUCCAUGGCCCCCGAGGAGAUCGUCAACUUCUUGACGGUGGGGAGCGUCCUCCAGAUGUGGCACAUCGUGGACAAGUGUACCGAGCUCCUCAAGGAAGGCCGGGCCGCCCCGGCGCCGCCGGGACCUUCCUCC